ACCGUUAGCAUUAGCGCGCUAGCCCCAGCUGUCGUUGGCAGUCCAAGUGCAUUUGUAAUCACCCUCGUUCCCUUCUGCAAAACCGAGGAUUGGCUCUACACAUCUCCGGCAGGCAGUUUCAAUUACCGACGACAACUGUUAGUAUAUCAUUGUCCUCGUAAUCACGACAGAGUCGGACCCCGACGCUCCGGGACAUGGCCAGACCAGAACAAGUCCUAGUGCUGGAGCCAGCCAACGAACUGAAAUUCAGAGGCCCGUUUACAGACGUUGUCACUGCCACACUGAGGCUCAGCAACCCCACAGAAAGAAAUGUCUGUUUUAAAGUCAAGACGACUGCACCUCGUAGAUACUGCGUGCGCCCUAACAGUGGUAUCAUCGACGCUGGAACCUCCAUCAAUGUUUCUGUUAUGCUACAGCCUUUUGACUACGACCCCAAUGAAAAGAGUAAACACAAAUUCAUGGUGCAGUCCAUGGUGGCUCCCUGCGACAUGACUGAUAUGGAGGGAGUGUGGAAGGAGGCCAAGCCCGAGGAGCUAAUGGAUUCAAAAUUGAGAUGUUCGUUUGAAAUGCCGUUAGAAAAUGACAAAACUCAGCAUGAGAGUGAACAGUACCAAACCGUGUCCUCCUCUGUUAAGACGGAGCACUCCCUGCCCAAGUCUGCCAGCGCCUCCCUGGAUGACGGGGAGGUGAAGAAGAUCCUCGAGGAGUGCAGGAGGCUGCAGAUGGAGGUGCAGAGGCUACGGGAAGAGAACAAACAGAUCAGGGAGGAUGAUGGACUGCGAAAGAGAAAGGUGACAUCAUUGGCCGUUCCUCACUCCACCACCCCCUCCUCUACCUCCCCCAAUGCUAUGGCCACCUCUGGUAUAAGGGAGGAAGGAUUAAACACCCGCAUCCUGGCUUUCUGCGUGCUCUUCUUUGUCAUUGGAGUCAUCAUCGGCAAGCUAGGCCUGUAAAGACAGACGGAUGGACAGAGCACAGUGAUCGACAGAUGGAAGGACAGACAACAGUAACAACAAUGGAGAUGUCUUCUUGUUCUUUGUUUGUUUUUAUUUUCUGUUAUCAGGGUUUUUUUUAGCAUUUAAAUCAGUAUCACAGAUUUGUGGAGUAGAGGUUGAAAGUUAUUUAUCAUGUACAGAGAAAAUGAAGGAAGGCAAGUUAAACAUGAGUAAGAAUAGAGUUUUUGUGGUCACAGCUCUUGCCUUGGUUUUUUUGUUUGUUUGGGUUUUUUUUAAUUGCCAUCUCUCUUCUGUUCUCUCCGUCCAUCCCUGCCAUCUUCUCUAACUUGCACAUAUGACAUUUCAUGGUGUGAGGAGGGUGGCUUUGCUCUGGUUGUAUGUCUGAGGUCUCUUGCUGAUUCCCUGUUGCCUGCCCAGAAUGCAUCAGAGGAGAAUGUCCUCUGCUGAUGAUGUUUCUUCCAUUUGAUUCUGAGGGGGGAAAUGCAAGGGAUCAGUGGAAAACCUAAGAUUCAAACUCUAAGUCUGUCUUCUAUAAUGUAAAGUCUGAAUAAAAAAUGUGAGCCAGUAGAAGCCAUGAUUUUUUUUUUUUUGUCUUUUUAAGGGAGGAGAUCACAUGGUGAAUUACAGGCAGUUGAGUUUUAGAAUAAUGGUGGAGGGGAUGUUCGAAAUAAUUCAAAUUCUGUCAUAAGAUUUCUUGACACAAGGAAAAAUGGAGAAGAUGGUAGAUGAAAUUCAUGUUAUCUAUAAAAUAUCUUGCAGAUCAAAAAAACAAAUGUGCAGCAGAUUUUUUUUUUUUUUUGUCAUUUGUAGAUUUAAAAUUCAUCACAUGUACUUUUCUCCUUUGUGCUUUAAUGUAGCUGUUAUUAAGCAGUUGAGUUCAAGGUAUCACUUUGGCCCACCUAAUGUCCAAGUUUUCAGGCUGUUGAUAAUGACUUCCUCAGGUUGAGAGCAAAAAAAUGGAUAAAAGACCUAACACCCCCCCCCCACACACACAAACACACACACACCCUUUAUUGUAAACUGGUGGACUUGUUAUGCAAAGCAAACUUGGACGUUGACAGUAUAUAACGGUAUUUAACAAUACAAUUUAAAACCAUAGAUUUAUACUGUACUCAUUCAAUUCUGCCCAUUGAGUAUUAUAGUAUUUCUGUCUUAAAGCGUAUUACAGCAUUUUUUUUAAAUAUCAUGUAGCCACGAUGCUUCUGUUUGUAAUAUCCAAAUGCACUAUAUUGAAGUGUCCACUCUGCGUUCUGCAUGGAAUGACCUGGAUUUAGUGUUAUUCUGUCUCUUUUUUUUGUGUGUGUUGGAAUUAUAUUGCAAAAACAAAAAUAAUUAUCAUUGUCUUCUCAAAAGGGACCAUCUUGAGUCUGGUUUAUCGGUUUGUGUGUAUGUUUUACCCCCCUCCCCCGUUGUUUCCUUUCAGGCUUGGUGGUGGUUUGAUAACUAAGAUGAUGCAGUUGCACUGUCUUGGCUAUCCAGAGCCCAUGUAAGCCAGUUCAGUUGUAUGAAAGGAUUUUAUUUCUGAGGGAGCAGAUAUUGUUGGUGGUGUGGGCGGUUAGGAAGGAGGACUGACCUGUGAAUAAUACACUACAAUUUUAAAAACCGCAUCCGCGCUUCAGACCACACAUGCAAUCACUUAAUGAUGUAACCACCAAAAAAAAUUGGAUACUGUUUUGUAUGUACAUAAAGAAAUAAACCAAAUUAAAAAGAUAACUGGCAAAGUUAUUAACAAAAAUGUAGUCGUGAGAAGAUAAUAAAGCAGCCAUUAUGGACCAUGUAGCAUCAAAGUGAAUUAAAAGAUGUAAAC